UUCCUAAGCACCUUUUGUGGCCCGGGACGAUGCGCGGGAUCCCCGGGGGUCGUCCUGGUGCAGCCCGGGUGGCUCCGCGGGAGCGUCGACCAACGGGGGGUUCGACGUAGCGACAAAAGCAGCGGCCUAAGCAUAAUUCCGUCCUGCCGCCCUUCUGCGAAGCGGGGAGGAAUCACUGGAAGGCAGCGGCAGGCGGAGCACCGGUGGGGGUGUUUGGGAGGGCCGGGCCUUAUCAGGCGGGAGCAGCCGGCCGGCCCGUGCGGGUGAGGCAAGUGCCAAGCUCGGUGCCUCGCAGCGCGCCCAGAACGAGGCGGUGGGCGCUCAGGGGCCGCAGUGGAGCUCCGGCGCAUGCAGAGGGGACUGCACCCAGCGUGGGUCGGCUUCCCUGGGACUCCCGGCGCGGUCUGCACUCCGUCUGGGGCCCGGGCGCCAGAGACUCGUCGUUGCAAAGCCCAGGUGAGCCCCAGCGGGGGCUGCGAUGCACGUGUCCGAGCAGGUGCUCGAGAUGGCCGCUCUCGGCCGCCCCUUCCAGCUGGGAAUGCUCUACGACUGCCGGAGCGACUUCCUGCUCCCAGGCAUCACUCUGUGGGACCCGGGGACCCUCGCGAAGAACAUCGAUAUGCGAGUGCAGCCCAACACGGAGACGCAGGUCAUUGCGUUCGACACGCUCGCCAACAAGGCCGGCGCCUUCAGCCUCUCGUCCUCGCUCAAGGCCAGCUUCCUGGGCAGCCUGGUCCGGGUGGAGGGCUCGGCCAAGUUCCUCAACGACAGGCAGCGGUCGCAGCGCCAGGCCCGCGUGACGCUCAAGUACUCGGCCAGCACCCACUUCAAGCAGCUGACCAUGAGCCAGAUCGGGCGGCAGCACGUCAGCUACCCGGAGGUGUUUGAGCAGAGCGUGGCCACCCACGUGGUGACGGGCAUCCUGUACGGCGCCCACGCCUUCUUCGUCUUCGACCAGAUGUCCUCUUCCGUGGAGAGCGUGCAGGACGUCCAGGCCAAGCUGCACGCCAUGGUCAUGAAGAUCCCCACGGCGGCCGUGGCCGGGGAAGGAGGCAUCUCGGGCCAGCGGGAUGCCCGGGGCAAGGACGUGGCCGGCAGCUUCAGCUGCAGCUUCUACGGGGACUUUGCGCUCGAGAGCAACCCGACAACCUAUGAAGAGGCCCUGAGGGUCUAUUCCAGCCUCCCCCAGAGGCUGGGGAGCAACGGGGAGAAGGCCGUGCCCGUGAAGCUCUGGCUGUACCCGCUCAUCCGGCUGCACUCCAGAGCGGCGAAGCUGGUGCGCGAGGUCAGCGCCAAGCUGGUCUCCGACACCGAGAGGGCCCUGGAGAAGCUGAUGGAGGUGGACGUCCGGUGCAACGACCUGCUCCAGGACCCCAUCAGCACGACCUUCCCGGAAAUCCUGAAGAAAAUCCGGGCGUUCAAGCAUUUGUGUGAGCAGUACAAGUGCGCCUUCCAGAAGCGGCUGGCGCAGGUGCUGCCCUCCAUCCGUGGUGGGGGGGCGGAGGAAGUGGCGCUGGUGGACAUCCUGCGGGGGAACGAGCAGUCGCCGUUCAGAACCUCCCUGCUCAAGAAAUUCCUGGACCUGAGGUACCGCGAGAUUUAUUUUGUGAAAUUCUUCCUGGACUUGUCCAAGGGGAGGGUCUCCUCGCAGGACGACCUGGUGAGGCGGGUGCUUGACCCACGCAUCGAUGCUGUGGUGGCGUUCAUAUUCACCUCGCUAGAAGCCAAGGAGCCCUACCUGCACACGCUCAGUGCCAGCUUGGCUCACGGCUCUGAACCAAAGCCCAAGGCCCUGACAGAAGCGGACAAGAAGUUCACUCCGUGGUUUGAGGACAAAGAUGUUUUAGAAAGCGCCCGGAACGCAGCCAUGGUCUUUGCCGACUUUUCGCUCAGCUGUUAUCCCGGGGAGGUCCGCUUCGUGGUGACGUCGCGUCGCGAUGACGGCAAUCCAGGUGCUGUGCUUGUCCGGUACCAAAGCGGCUGCCUGGACGGGACCAGACUGGACCUUCUGCCCAGGCCCUCCCCGCCCCUGAUCGAUGCCAUCUCCUACGACAGGUUCGAGCUCACCUUCAAGCCCGCCGAGGCUGGGACACAGGCGGUCUCAGGCUAUUACGUCCAGUACAGGGUCUUUGGAGAGGAGUAGUGGAUGUUUGCCUACGUGAAGGGGAGGGAGGAGAAGCUCCUGGUGGCAGGGCUGGAGUCGCAGACGAGCUACGAACUCAGGUACGCCGUGGAAGGCAGGUCAGGCCUCAGCCAGUUCAGCGAGGUCAGCGAGGUGGUGCGAACCGGCCUGCGUUCCAGCCCGCCAGGGAGGCCCACCUGGGCGCAGGCGGCCUCCUGCUGCAGCUUCCAGGUGCAACUGACGUGGGGCAGCCCCGUCGACGUGGCGGAGGGCGUGGUGAUCAAGGAGUACAAGGUGGAGUACAGGAAGCGGGCGGAGAGCAGGUGGUGGGAGCACAGGACGGGGGCGAGGGUGGAGUGGUGGGGGCUCCCCAGAUCCGCCAGGAGGAGCAUCGCUGCCGCGCGAGUCGUGGCCGUCUACGAAGACGGAUCGGAGAGCGAGCCCAGUGAGGAGGCCGUCUGGAGCGAACUUUAGAGGGGAAGGGCUGGCGAUGGCGAUGGCGAGCCCGAGGCCUCGCCUGGCCCCUUCCGCUCUCACGCGCCCCAGGGCCUCGGGGAGCUGGAGCAGAGCGUUGCCCGGGGGCUGGCCAGGCGCAGAGCGCAGCAAGUGGGUCAGCGCCUUCUGUGGGCGCCUGGAUCCAUGAACGGGCGACUUUGCAAGGAUUCCAGCCUUUGCAUUCUUGUCCAACUGAAGAACGCAACAGGCACAAUCCUAUUCAUGCUUACUUGGGAGUAAGCGCCACCCAGGUCAGUGGCCCUUACUUCUGAGUAAAUGCGCUUAGCAUUCCUCCCCUGGGAACUCGGCUGGUGAGGGCCAACAGGGCCACAGUCGGGGCAGGCCUGCCGAGGAGCGGUGCCGGCGGGGGGGGGGGCGGCGCCCCGAUUCGCGACGUUCCCCCUCCGCGCCAGGCGCUCCCGCGAACGGGGCCCCGCUGGGAGCAGCGCUGGGCGCCCACUCCGCCCCCGCUUAACGGGGCCGCAAACCGCCUGCAUCAAGCGGGGGACGCAGAGGCAGCGAGGAGCCGCGGGGCUUGUGCUGCGGGGAAGCCGCCUCGGGUUCUCUCGGAGGAGCGGCGCCUUCCCGGGGGUCCGGGGGGGGAGGUUCCUCCCCGUCGGGGCGAAGCACCUUCGCGCUCCCCGUGGGCCUGCAGCGCUUAAAAGGCGACCUCCCCCCCCCACGCGCGCGCGCGGGAAGCGCUCCGCCCCCCGCGCUUUGGGCGAACGCGCUGCCUGUGCGUGCGGGCAGGGGGCGCUGUGAACCGGACCGUGCGCGACCGCCGGAGCGCGGCAUCCUGCGCGCCACUGGGAGCUCCGUAGCGGCGUGGCAGCCGCCUUCGCCUGCUUCUCGGUUCGGACGGCCCUGGGUGCAAACUUCCCUCCCCGGCGCAGCGUCUGGAGCAGCCCCACGCGCUUCCUUGCUGCAGCACGAGGGCCCCCCGGGGCCCAGCCCCCCUUCAGCACUUCGUGGGCCCUCGCACAACUGCCUGUGCAAGGCUGGACCGCAGGAGCAGUGAUGCUCACGACUCGAGUCGCACAAGCAUGGCGGCCAGCCAGCCCCUCGGUGUGCGUCAGGCUUUUAUUUGCGGGAAAUACAGGGGCCGCUCCAGCCUCUUCCGGGGCGCAGCUUCCCUGGUGCAGCUCCGGGCCUCUUGCUGCAGCAAAGGACCAAUGUGAGCAGAGGUGCUUUUCCGAAAGAGCAGCCGUGCUGAAAACAGGCGGCCAGCCGAAGCCGGGCACCGGGUGCCUGUGGAGGGGGAGACGCCUCCACGCAGGAAUGGGCCCAGGCAGGGGCGGGAUGGGGUCCCAUGAGCAGCACCAGCUCAGUCGGGGGGCAGCUGGAACUUCACGUCCAGCCGGGCUUCCUUGGCCAGGGUCAUUAUUUCGGAGAGCUUCACGGCCGUCUUGGCCGCCUUGUCCAAGUCGUCGCAGGGGAGGGUCCCCAGGCCGCUCUCGGCGAUCAGCCGCUUGGCCUCCUGCACUCGGGUCCCCUGCAGCCGCACCACCAUGGGGGUCCGCAGCCCCAGCUCCGUUGCUGCCAGAAGGAUUCCCUGCGCGAUGGUGUCGCAGCGCAUAAUGCCUCCAAAGAUGUUCACCAGGAUGGCCCGGACCCGCUCGUUCGACGUGAUCAGCCGGAAGGCCUCCUUCACCUGCUCCGUCGUGGCGCCACCCCCCACGUCCAGGAAGUUGGCCGGCGUGCCCCCGUGGAGCUGGAUGAUGUCCAUGGUGGCCAUGGCCAGGCCGGCCCCGUUGACCAGGCAGCCGAUGUUGCCGUCCAGGGCAAUGUAGUUGAGCUCGGCCCGGGCCGCCUGCCAGUCCUGCUCGUCCUCCUGGCUCCAGUCCUGCAGUUCGAAGAGCUGCUUCUGGCGAAAGGCCGAAUUGCUGUCGAAGUUCAACUUUGCGUCCACGCACGUCACUUUCCCUGCUGAGUCCUCCACCAUGGGGUUGAUCUCGACCAGGAGGGCGUCGUAUUUAAUGAAGAGGUUGUAGAGCUUCACGAUGUUCUCGGCGGCUUCGCGCGCCACCUUCGCGGGGAACCCCAUUUUCCGGGCCAGCCCCAGGGCCUGCUCCUCCCGGAUGCCGUCCAUGAUGUCCACCGGCUCCUUCGCGAUCGCCUCGGGCUCCUCGGCGGCCACGUCCUCGAUGUGGACGCCACCCUGGGAGCUGCCGAUGAGCACCGGGCCCUGGAAGGCGCCCUCCAUGGCGAUGGCGAAGUAGUACUCCUUUCUCGGGUAGCUGCGCUCACAGACCAGGACCUGGUGGCAGAUGCGGCCCUUUUCCCCCGUCUGCCUGGUGAACAGCCGCCUCCCGAUCAUCCGGGAGGCCACGUCCCGGGCCUCUUCGGGGGAAGACACGAUUUUCACUCCUCCUCGGAGGCCCCCUUCGAAGGUGCCCUUUCCCCGCCCGCCGGCCAGGACCUGCGCUUUGACCACCACCUCCUCCGACCCCAGCUCCCGGGCGGCUCGGUACGCGUCCUCGGGCGUCCUGGCCACCUGCCCCUCCGGCACGGCAACGCCCGCCUCCCGCAGCAGGUUCAUGCUCAGGUAUUCGUGCAGCGACAGGCUCCUUCGCUGCUGCCCCGCGGCCGUGCGGAGGGCUGCCCAACGGCCCCCUCGCCCCACCAGCCUCGCCACCCCUGCUGCCCAGGCGCCCAUCAUGGAGCCGGGCCUUCGCCCCCCUCGCGGCUCCAACCGCCCUCCAACGGCCGCUCGCCGCCUCCCCAUUGGCCGGCGAAGGUUCCGUGGGCGGGGCCCGGGGGGCUCCCUGCACGUGGGGGGGCCUGGGGGGCUGCUGGGCCAGGGCGCCUUUCGCGUGGGCAGGCCCCUCGUGGGCACUCCUCCGGGCGCUGGGGUGCAGAGGGCCGGACGACGGGCUGGUGAAACGCAGGCGGGGACAGUCGCAGCGGACCCCCCUAUGCUCGGCCCUCCGCCUGCUCCCACCGAGCCUCCGGCACCCACAGGGCGGGGGAGCAGGGGGGCGCUGCCCUUCCGGCCCCGGAACGGCUGCCGUCUCCUUGCCGAGAGGGCGCAUGCGCCGAGGCGGCCCGUUGCUGGCUGCCAGGCGGUGCCGGGGCUGCCCGCAGAGGCAGGGAGUGCCCGGGAGCAAGUUCCGAGUCCGCGAAGGACCGCUGGGCGGAGGGAGCCCCGUCUUCCGACCCGUUCUGCGCGGCCCACGCAGUUUCCUUUUACGGCCUGAGCCGCCGCAAGUUCCUGCUGGAAACAGGCUGGCUGCAACCAGAUCCGUGAGGGAAGGAAAGCCCCCACUUCUCCCUUCCAAAAGGCUGCCAGGAUGGGCGGCCAGCGAGGUGGUGGCGCGGUUGGGGGCGAGGGGGCUGGGGGGAGCAGCAGCAACAGCCCCUUCUGCCGUGGCAAGAGCAGCCGGAAGGUUCUUGGGGGAGUCCCAAAGUGUGGAGGAGAAGUUCACUUCUUUGCAAGGAGCGUGUUUUGAAAGCGCGCCUCAAAGAGGGGUUCCCAGGCUGCUCUGAAUGCGUUUCGGUGCGAGGCGAAGCGCUUUUUAUUUUCCCAGUAUUUUAAUAGUGUAACUUUAAACUUUGUUUUAAUAUCCUAUUUUAUUCUGUACCGCUGCUAUGCUUCUACACCGAUUCAGUUGCAAUUGCUAUUAUGGUUUUGUUCUUUUAAAUUUUGGGCUCAUGUCUUGUAAACUUUUGUUGAAUUGUGGCUUGUCAUGGCCACCCAGAGAGCCCAGGCUGUUGGGUGGUAUAAAAAUAAACAAACGAAGUAAA